GUCAGUUUCCAAUUUUCCAAACCAUGUUCCAUCGAGUUGUCCGAUCUGUGGUGCCGCGAGUGCUGCCAGCGCGCACCUUUGCCAGCAUCUCGACUGGCGAAAAGGGAUUGCACGAGCUGCUCGAACGCAACAAGAAGUGGGCGGCCAAAGUGCAAAAGGAAGACCCGACGUACUUUGCCAAGUUGGAGCACCAACAAGCGCCUGAAGUGCUGUGGAUCGGAUGCUCGGAUUCGCGCGUCCCCGCGAACCAAAUCCUCAGUUUGCCGCCCGGCGAUGUGUUUGUGCACCGAAACAUCGCCAACCAAUUCAUUAGUACGGACUUGAACGCGUUGUCCGUGUUGGAGUACGCCGUGGCCGUGUUGAAAGUCAAGCACGUAGUCGUCUGUGGCCAUUAUGGCUGCGGCGGAGUCAAUGCUGCGUUGACCCAACAAGAAUUUGGCCUCGUGGACAACUGGCUUCGCAACAUCAAGGACCUGUACAUCACCAACCACCAACAGUUUGAACGCAUCACGGACGAGAAGGAGCGCCAAGACCUCAUGACCGAGCUCAACGUGGCCAAGUCGGUGUACAACAUCUGCCACACCCGCAUCGUUCAGAACGCGUGGCUCCGCGGCCAGGAGCUCAACGUCCAUGGAUGGUGCUAUCGGUUGAAGGACGGCAUUAUCCGCGAUUUGAAGAUCCGCGUGACGGGAGAAGAUCAAGUCGAAGCCAUUUACCGCAAAAUGCUCGACAAGGAACACCCCGAGGCUUAGUAGUGUUGACUGUGAAUAACCACAAUCCCAUUCAAGCAUCACGACACACUGCUGGUUUGGAGCAUUCGGGAUGCAGUCAAUGUACAUAUACACGAAAAUGAAGAUUCAUUUAUUCCAAAA